AUGAUAUGUGAGCCCAGUUGGCCACAUCAAGAUUGGCCCGACUUGAACACUGCAACCUCUGAUCAGAGAGUAAUAGUAUGAGCGGCAAAACCAAUAAUUUGGAGUUUGACUACCUAGUAUGGAGGUCUUUUCCAACAACGCAACCCACCAAAAGUGCCACUUUAUCCUCUGCUCGGGCUUCACAGUUGUUCAUUAAGCUUAUUAUACUCCUCUCAUCCAUCAGUUUAUCCUCUUUGAUCUUCAACUCAACUAUGUCGCAAACAAAAGAGAUGAUGGUAAUGUUUCCUUUCAUGGCACAGGGCCAUAUAAACCCUUUCCUAGCUUUAGCCCUUCGGAUAGAGAAAACAAACAAAUACACCGUAGCUUUUGUUAACACACCUCUAAAUAUCAAAGAACUCAGAUCAUCUAUCCCUUCUAACUCCUCCAUUCUUCUCCUUGAACUCCCUUUUAAUAGCUCAGAUUAUGGCCUUCCUCCUAAUUCCGAAAACAUGAAUUCUGUUCCUUCUCAUCUUAUUCUUAAUCUCUUUCAGGCUUCUUUGUCAUUGAAACCCGAUUUCAGGAAACUUAUCUCGAAUAUUAUCCAUCAGCAAAAUGGACAAAUACCAGUUUGUAUCAUCUCAGACAUGUUCUUAGGAUGGUGUGAAGAGAUAGCACAAGAGUUUGGUGUCUUUCAUGCUAUAUUUAUUACUGGUGGUGGUUUUGGCUAUGCUUGUUUCUACUCCCUGUGGCUAAACUUACCUCAUCGGAAUACGGAUUCGGAAGAGUUUGCAUUGCCUGAUUUUCCUGAAGCUCCUAGAUUUCAUGUUACACAAAUGAUGGAUGUUUUAAGAUAUGCGGAUGGUAGUGAUUCACAUUCAAGCUUUACAAGAAAGGCACUUUCUCAAUGGAGUAAAGCUGAUGGAAUAUUGUUCAACACAGUAGAGGGGAUUGACAGGCUUGGACUUACGUAUUUUAGGAGAAAGUUUGGUCGACAGGUUUGGUCAGUUGGCCCCCUCCUUUUGACUCCUGGAAGCCAAGCCCAAAGCAAAAGAGAUUUUGGAAUCUCCGAAGAGGAGUGUAAAAAUUGGCUUGACAAGAAACCUGAGUGUUCAGUUCUCUAUGUUUCAUUUGGUUCACAGAACAACACAAUUUCUCCAUCACAAAUGAUGCAACUGGCAAUGGCUUUAGAGGCUAGUGGGAAGAAUUUCAUAUGGGUUGUUAGGCCACCGUUAGGGUUUGACAUAAACUCUGAAUUUAGAGCAAAUGAGUGGUUGCCUGAAGGAUUCGAAGAAAGAAUCAGAGGCUUAGGACGUGGGCUCUUAGUGCAAAAAUGGGCACCCCAGGUGGAGAUUUUAUGUCAUAAAUCUGUAUCAGUAUUUUUGAGUCAUUGUGGAUGGAACUCUGUGCUUGAAUCACUGAGCCAUGGUGUGCCGAUGAUUGGGUGGCCGAUGGCAGCAGAGCAGUUUUAUAAUGUAAAAUUGUUGGAAGACAUGAUUGGAGUUUGUGUGGAGGUUGCUAGAGGGAAGAGUUGUGAGGUUUUUCAUGAAGAUAUAGUGGCAAAAAUUAAGUUGGUGAUGAAUGAAAGUGAGAAAGGAAAGGAAAUGAGAGAGAAAACACUGCAAGUUAAGGAGAUAAUCAACAAUGCUAUCAAAGACGAGGAAAAUUCUAAAGGGGUUUCUAUGGAAGCCAUGGAUCAAUUUUUAAAAGCGGCAUUGAAUAUGAAGCUCAGGGGAGAAAGCAAAAGGGAAAUUCAACAAUGAGGUUUGAGUCUGUCAGAAAAAUAAGAUUAGCACAUUUGUGUUGUGAUUUUUCCUUUUUUUUUUUUUCCAAAAAUUGAAGAAAAGAAAUGAUACGGUGUGGCCUUUGAACCGAAGAAAUGUUUGCAGAUUGGGUUGGGGUGAAGUGAAGAAAUGUUUAAUUCAAACUCAAUAGGCACAAGCAACUUAUUCAGUCAGAUUAAACACCAAUAAAGAGCAAAUAAGGAUGUAAUUGCAGCAAGCAUGAAACAAAUUGAAGACCACAAUCUAAAAGACUCGAUGUUGGUAAUGGUACCUUGGCAGCCAAAACCAGAGUCUAU